CCGACGAGCCCUUCGCCGCCGUCGACCUCGUCCCCGGCCCGCACCGCGACCCGGCCCCCGCCCUCCCCGACGCCGACGCCGACGCGGCCACCGGGUUCCGCUACUACGCCAAGCAGCUCACGCAGAGCGACGCCAACAACGGCGGCGGCUUCUCGGUGCCCCGCUUCUGCGCCGAGCUCGUCUUCCCGCCGCUCGACUUCGAGGCCGACCCGCCCGUGCAGAGGCUGCGCAUGACCGACCCGCUCGGCCGGGGCUGGGACUUCCGCCACAUCUACCGCGGCACGCCGCGCCGCCACCUGCUCACCACCGGCUGGAGCAAGUUUGUCAACGCCAAGCUGCUCGUCGCGGGCGACGCCGUCGUCUUCAUGCGCCGCGCCGACGGGGAGCUGCUCGCCGGGAUCCGCCGCGCGCCCAGGUACCCCGCCGUCUCCCAGCAGGGCGCCGAGCGUCGGCCCCGCAACGCGCGCGCGCGGGUCCCGCCCGAGGAGGUGGACGAGGCCGUGCGCCUCGCCGCCGAGGGCGCGCCCUUCACCGUCACCUACUACCCGCGCCAGGGCGCCGGGGAGUUCGUCGUGCCCAAGCAGGAGGUGGAGGACGCGCUCGUCGGCGCCUGGGCGCCCGGGGUGCAGGUCCGCAUGAAGUUCCUCGGCGCCGAGGAGCGCCGCUCCGAGUGGGUCAACGGCAUCGUCAAGGCCGUCGACCCAUCCAUCUGGCGCAUGCUCGAGAUAGACUGGGAUGAAUCUGUGGUAGGGUCACUAAGAAACAGGCAUGUCAAUGCUUGGCAAGUGGAACUUGUUGGGUACCCUCCCAUCCUGAAGAAGCUCAAGAUCUCCGAGACGAUCCUUCCCCCUAUGUGCUCUGGCGAUGUCAGCGUGGCUGACCCCCUGCUGGGGCCAGACUGCGAGAACAUGGUGAUGCUGCUGGGGUCACCUAUUCCUGCUGGCAUGCAGGGAGCCAGGCACAUCGGCCUCACUGAGCUGCCCUCUCCAUCUCCUACCGUGCUCACAACCAAGCAGUUCUUCCCACCUAGCUCCAGCGGCGGCUCCUCCGAGGUCGUGAACCCUGAAGCUGGAUCUCCACCCAACAACUCGGUGAACAUGCGUCCCUCUGAAGAAAGGAGGAGCAUACAGCUGUUCGGCGCCACGAUCACGUCGCCUGUGCAGAGCGCCACCAAUGGCUCCUCUGAAGAAGUGAGCCAGGCCCCUGAUGCUGCGGUCGAUGGAACUGCUCAUGAAGACGCUUGUGCCACAAGUCUACUUGACUGCCAACUCACAAUCGGUAAAGAUGACGGCCACGACCGAGAUGGUUCUAAGCAACAAGCCUGAAGUGGCAUGUACACAGUAUACUGGAAGCAAAGUCGAGCUGGAUGACUGAGGCUGCCAUUCUGCCUUGGUCUGCACGCACAGAGUUCCUGGACCUGACUUGAAGCAAGGAUACCCGCGGCUGCAAGCCAACAAUGUCUGAAGGCAGGUGCUUCUUGCCCAUGUUCUCCGCAUAACUAUAGGAUGCCAUGUUUUUCUUUUUCCUUUUCGCUUUCUGUAAC